UUAAUCAGUGGUUGCAAGAUGAGUCGACAAAUGUUAGGAUAUUGGUACUUUGCGGGAUUGGUGGGGUUGGAAAGACCACCAUUGCAAAGACUGUUUAUAACCAGAACUAUGACAAGUUUGAAAGGAGCUGCUUUCUUGCGGACGUUGCUGAAACAUCAGAACAGCCAAAAGGUGUGAAUAGCUUACAAGAACAACUUCUUUCAGAUAUGCACAAGGGGAAAUCAGUAAAGAUAUAUAAUGUAGAUGAGGGAGUUAUGAAGAUCAAGAAUGCUAUGUGUUGCAGGAAAGUUCUUAUUGUUCUUGAUAAUGUGGAUAAUCCGGAACAAUUCAAAUCCAUUAUCGGUGAGCAAGAGUGGCUGUCCUCGAGAAGUAAAAUCAUCAUAACAACUCAAUUUAAGAGUUUGUUAACUAAAGGUCGUUGGAAACUUCUCAUUGAGCCAUUGAAUGCUAAUGAGUCACGUAAGCUCUUCGCCUUGCAUGCCUUUGGACAAGAAGAUCAUCCUGAAAAUUUCAACGAGCACUGUGAAUGUGUAUUGAGGUUUUGUGAUGGUCUUCCAUUAGCUCUUUGUGUUUUAGGCACCUUUCUCGGUUGCAGAAGUACAGAUGAAUGGAAAAGUGAAAUUGAAGAACUGCAAGAAAUUCCUGGUAGUCAAAUUCAGAAGGUUCUUAGAAAAAGCUAUGAUUCUCUGCAAAAUGAUAGUCAUAAAGAAAUAUUUCUUCACAUAGUUUUUUUCUUUGUUGGGUCGGAUAAAGAUGUUGUACUUAAAAUUUUAGAUGGCUGUGGCCUCAAAACAAAUUCGCGAGUUCAAAGUCUCAUGGAUAGAUGUCUCAUUAAAAUCAAUGAAAGUAACAAGCAUACGAUGCAUCAAUUGGUUAGAAACAUGGGUAGAGCAGUCGUUCUCCAAGAAUCUCCUGAUGAACCGGGGAAUCUUAGUAGAAUAUGGAAUCAUAAAGAGGCGUUUAGGGUGUUGACAGAAAAAACAGGUACCCAGACAAUUAAGGGCCUCAUUCUUGACAUGCAUAUGUUAAGAGAAGAGAAACAUGUCAGACCAAUUUCAAAUUAUGGAAAUCAUAUUUAUGAAAAUUCUGUGGAGGAAUCAAUGCUUGGUUGUGAAGAUAACUAUUCAAUGUUUAAUUGUCUUGGUGGCUUUUGGCAACUGAUCAUGAAUUGUAUCUCAAAAACUUCGUCUACCUCAUCAGAUGUGAUCAAAACAGAGGCAUUUGCAAAUAUGCGCCAAUUAAAUGUGCUUCUGCUCAAUGAUGUCAAGCUUGAUCGAGGAUAUGAAGAUUUUCCAAAACACUUGGUGUGCCUGCGUUGGCUCAGACUCCCUUUGAGCUCUAUGCCAACGUGUUUAAAUGUGGAGAAACUUGUUGUUCUUGAUAUGCGGCAUAGCAGGCUAAAAGAUGCUUCGCAGGGAAAGUUGUGUGACUCACUCUUCUUGUCUCUCUCUUUAUAAUCAAUCAAAUUAUAUGACAAUCUAUUGAAUCCGACCUUUUUUCCCACUAAAUUUUCAGUCCUUUCCAUGCUUGAAGAUCCUUGACCUAAGUCACUCUCAUUUACUCACUACAACCCCUGACUUCACGGGACUACCUGGUCUUGAGAGUUUGCUGCUUAAAGAUCGUAUAAAUUUAGUCAAGAUUGGCAAAUCUAUUAGACACUUGAGGAGACUUGUCUUGUUAAAUCUUGAAGGCUGCAUAAAACUCGGGAAGCUUCCAGACACAAUUGCUGAUUUGAAAUCACUUGAAGAACUAUAUUUGACUGGUUGCUCAGAACUUAAAGUGCUACCUAAAGAGCUGGCUCAGAUGGAAUCCUUGACGGUGUUUUUUGCUGGUGGAAUUACCUUGAAUGAAUUAAGCUUUAGUUCGAGAAAUGUAAGGGAACCUUGGUCUUGGUUAUCAGGCAGAGAAGUUCCAGAAUCCACUAUGUUUUCAUUUGCUUUUC